AUGCCGGUCAUGCCCAUCCCGCGGCGGGCGCGCUCCUUCCACGGCCCGCACAGCACCUGCCUGCACGCGGCCUGCGGGCCCGUGCGCACCUCGCACCUGGCGCGCACCAAGUACAACAACUUCGACGUGUACGUGAAGACGCGCUGGCUGUACGGCUUCAUCCGCUUUCUGCUCUACUUCAGCUGCAGCCUGUUCACGGCCGCGCUGUGGGGCGCGCUGGCCGCCCUCUUCUGCCUGCAGUACGCGGGCGUGCGCGUCCUGCUGCGCUGCCAGCUCAAGCUGUCGCUGCUGCUGCUGCUGCUGGGCCGCCGGCGCGUCGACUUCCGCCUCCUGAACGAGCUGCUCGUCUAUGGCAUCCACGUCACCAUGCUGCUGGUCGGGGGCCUGGGCUGGUGCUUCAUGGUCUUUGUGGACAUGUGAGGGCGCGGCCGGCCUUGUGCCGGCGCCCCCUGCUAUACCCGCCUGCAGCCGGGCUCUCUUCUUGACAGGGUAUGGUUAAUCAGGGCCCUUUUCCUUGCAGCCCGUCCCACAAGCAACCCAGCGCGGUGGUGCUGUCUGCUGCUCCCUCCCUGGGGAGAAAAGGGCUGAGACUUCUGUCCCAGGUCACUGGCACCAUCCCUCCGGCCAGCUGUCUUCUCGCCCUCCCGUGGGUGCGUUUCCUGGACGCCUGCUGUGGCUCCUGCUUGCGCUUGUUCAGGUUGUACUGUAGGGUGGCCCGUAUGCACUACAGAGCCUCCAUGUGACUCCCCCCAUCUCCCUGGCCUCUCUCCAGGCAUCACCACUGGUUUGGGAGACCUUGGACACACAGGGGUGUGCUGCCCAGCAGCAGCUCUGCAGGAGGGGUACCUACUGGCUGCACAGCCCCCUUCCUGCGUACUCCUGGUCCCAGCCUCAGCCUUAGGGAACCACAGCGCUCCACUAGCUGACACACUGCCCUGCUGCAAAACUGCUCACGUUGCCCUGGGCCGCCUGAGUCCCGACAGCCUGCAGACCACCCACCUCUGUCACCCAGAGGGGCUGUGUGGGUCCCGAGUCCCAGGCCAGGCUUCAGUGUCCAUUUGGUUUGCUUAGACAUGGUCUAGCAGGGAGCCAUGAUCAGCCUCGACAGGUUCCUAGCACAGGGGCUGGCCUGGGGAGUGCCAGAAGCCUGGGCGCCAGCUCCAGAGCAGCUGCAGGGAUCUGCAUCCAUCCUGGUCAGGUCUGUUGAGAACGUCAAGCAGAUGCUGUAAAUCUUACCAAAUGUGGAUUUCUGGGGAAGCAACUCAAUUUCUUUAUGGCUUUUGGGGGGCUUUUGGCUGCUCUCUUUGAGAGAUCACCCAGAACUGAGACUUGUGUGUCUCAAGUGCCCUGAGCAGGUGUCAGGUGUCCAUGAGGCCUCUGAGUGUGCGCUACAGAGACAGGAGCAAGCAGCGUUUAGAGGGCUCUUCUUGGAAUCCCGGCGUGUGCUGAGGUUGGGUGUAAGCGAACGGCUGUGCUGCCCCUUUGUCCCUGCCUUGGUGGUUGUCAGAGCAUCUGAGGUGUAAAAAGAAGAAACGAUGGUGGAGGCAGGAGCAGGUGGCAGGAGGGGCACAGGGCUGGUGCUCAGUGAGCGCUUUCACAGAGAGAAGGAGACACCCUGGGCCAAUGUAGACCCCGGCUCCAGCCUUCUCUGUCACCGGUGGCACUGUGGGUGCCGGGGGGAGGGGGUGCUAUGAGGCUGGUGGUGGGAGGGUUGUCUGGAUGGGACCCAGGCUGUCACAGGCAGGACGUGGGGCCCAGUGCUGAGGAUGGCCAGUAAGUCAACACUCACCUGACCCCAAACUGUCGUCCCCACACCUCUGGGGGUGGGUGGUGGCCCUUUAGACCCUGCCCUGCCACACAGACCAGUGGCCAGGGAGCUGUUAGCACAGUUGUGUGCCCCUGGGAGAUAAACUUAGAAAACCCAAAUGAGGUAGAGAAAGCAGAAAAUGCUUGGCUGUAAGCUGUGCUCUUUAACUCGUAGCCAGCCUCUGUUCAAAGACCUUCCAGUCUGAGGCCAGCGGGGGCUCUGAGAGGACGCCAGUCUGAUUCCUGGUCAGGCAGGCGAGCAGCUUACCCAGGCAGACCCCACUUCUCGCUGCAGAAAAUCUUUUGCACUAAAUCAUGCUGUUCCUCAAAGAAGCUUUGUUUUAUGCUAAUUAACUCCUGUUACUCAGAACCACUGCAGCCUCCUUCGCAGAGGGUGCAGGUGGGUGCGUAUCCACAGGGCAGGGUGGCAGGAGGAGCCUGGUGGUGCCGCCUGGAAUUUGAACAUGUAGUACAGGGGGUCCAGGAUCUCUUGCUACAUGCCGAACACCACACGGCUCGGUGUCUUGAGUGCCUGUUAAAUUCUCAAUGAAUGAACCACCUGCAUUAAACCUAUUUUUUUAAUGUGU